AUGGCUACUGCGACCACCAUCAAGCUGUCCACGGCAGACGCCGGCGUUUUCUCUCGCAACGCGAGAGAAGAUUCGGCCAAACUCGCUAGUGAGCUCCUACAGAAAAACGAGCAGGAGCAUCACAUCUUCUUCAAUGAAAGUAGAUUCCAUAGUAAAGAAGAACACUAUGGUAACUUUCUCGUCUUCUUCCAGCAAGAACUCGACAUCAAAGGCGUAGCGACGACACUUGAAGAGCACAUAUUUGCUGAGGACGAACAUGCAGAUGAUUUACGCGGUCGACUGUUUUCAGGAUUAAUCCACCCUAUGAUUCAUCUCGGUUUUGGCAUCGAGUUCAAUCAACCAGCUAUUAUUGCGGAAGCCCUUGCCCAGGCUGCGGUGCACGAAGCAUGGAUAGGCCCCUUUCUACAGAGCAUAGAAGACGCCGCAGGCGGCGUUGGGACCAAGCCUGGCAAAACCCUUACCCAGCUAAUACAUGAAAUUGGCCAAGACGAGGAACUCCUUUCCAGUGUCCAUUGGGGUGACGAUAGCUACAUCAGAUCGGGAGUCUUGAAGCGUGCCCCGGAGAGAAUGAGACAUUAUUGCAAGCAAUAUACAGUAUCGCCCGAGACUAUGGCGGAACAAUUGAGCGAGAUGGUCAAUGCUCUAGUUUAUUGUGCUGCUGCCGCCCAGCAUCCACCAAAUUUAGUCAAAUAUGAUUUCAUUACCAUACAUGCUGUGAAUUGUUCCAUUUUCUUCUCAUCAAUUCUCACUCGGCCCUGGAUAAGUACGCGCGCAAAAGUCCGCUUGCUUGAGUGGAAGGGGCGCAUGGAUCUUAUCUUAUAUACCUCCCGUCACAGUCCUCGCCUUGACAUGAACGAAAUAAACAGCUACCCAAUUAGUAAAAAGACUUGGGAUGAGAUUUUCCGUGCCGGUAACAGCCACCAGAAUGACGAUGGACACCUUGUCAAGCUUAUUCGGGCUAUAGCACAUGGUCAACAAAUCAGCAAGGCAGAGGAUUUGAUGAUGAAGGGCGAUGCAUGGCUCAAAGCUGGAAACAUGGCCAUCGAUGCCACGGCCUCCACACCUAGAUGGAUCUUUGGAAGCGGCUUUGAAGAACCAUGGGCAGGGAUUGGGAAACCUAAGGAUAGUGAGUUUUACAUAGGCAACACAAAGGCUGCAAAGAAAGCUAGCGAUAUGUUGUUGCAAAAUUUCGGUACUAACAUUCAGUCCAUCAACUAUCCAACUGUGCCUGUUGGUCAAGACCGACUUAGAACCACACCCACGCCAGGUCAUAGUCGGGCGCUCGGAGACGAACUUACUAAGGCUCUGGGUUCUGUCUGGGAUGAACUUGGCCUUAAGAGGAAGUCAGACGGGCUAUUCUUGCAAGGAGUCGACCCUGAUAUUCUCGUUGCCUUUAACUGUCCUCAAUCUCUAAAUAAACCACUUUUCGGUCAUGAUGCCAUUUCUGGAGGGAAGGUAGAAGAAACACUUAGGGUUGAAGCCGCUGCAUAG